AUGGAGCAAUCACUUCAAACCCAAGAGCCCUGUCCACUCACCCUAGAGACCAUGCCUCCAGAGAUCAGAAAUCAGAUCUAUGGCUGCCUUCUCGAUAGUAGGGCUUGUGAUAAGUCGAUGGAUACCAAUGGUAAAAGUAAACCCCACUUCCACACCAGCAUUCUCUAUGUCAACAAGAAGACAUACAAGGAGGCGCAUGGUAUUCUGUAUGGAUCCAGCGGCCCCAUUGUCACCGUCACCUUCUACAUGGAUGGUAUUGAAGCUGCUCUCAAGCGAGGUUUGGUUUCUUUCCACACGAGCAGGUAUACCAGGUCGAUAGCUGGGCGACAGCUUCACAUCAUUGUCAAACCAACGUUUGUGUCAUUUACCAAACGAGAACCUUUCGUCUUCGUUCUCGUUGGGAUGGAGGAUAUCAAGAGCUUCUAUCGUUUCCUCAAAUUCCUCAACUGGGGCGAAAACGAUGGCCGUGGUAUCAGCUAUGAGUUCAAUUUUGAACCGUACCACAACGUUUUCGAAGAUGCUCCUUCCACUUCAGAUGCGUCUUCUCAGGUCCAUAAAGAUCUGGUCGAGGCAUUUUGUGGACUUCGUGCCUCUUUUCAAACUUGCACUUCUAAGGGCCUCGCUAAUUCCAAUCUUGAGGCAUUCUUCGUCGGGAAGCUCAAUGACCGGGUUAUUUGGCUCCAAGGCGAAAUUUUGGAACUAUGGAUGAACAGUUUUGAGCUCUAUCAGAAGGCCUGUCAGCUGUCAGUAGAAGGAUCAUUCGAUGCGGCUCUCAGCCACUAUGGAUACAUCAUAUCCUCGUACACCAACUGCAUCGAAACAAAUCCGCUGCUUCAGAGUCCAGAUGCUUCUUUGGAUGGUUCCAUUGUUAGUCGCCUCAUAACCCUCAUCACUGCAGCACAAGCAAGCCGUUCGAUGCUAUACGUCCUUGGUUCGUUCAGUGAUAAGUACAAGGACAGCAUGAAAGCAAAGGUCAACUUAGCAGAGUUAGAAAAGAUCCUCGAAGGGAACGAAGCAAUGGUUGCCGGGUUCGGGGGCGCUGUGUCCUUGUUAAUGGUUCCGAAGAUGGUCAAUUCAGCUGUCUGGCAGACUAUUGCUGUGCUUCGUAUGAUUUGCGGGGACACGUCGGAUAAUAUCGCCAAUGCAUGGCAUUACGCAGCUGGGUUGGUAGAUGACGAGGAGGAGAAAGCUAAGCUCCAAGGGUUGAAAGAACAUGCCUUAGCAAGUGGCUCCCCGCAUCUCAGGCUCGCAACACGCAUCGAAAUCGCCAAGAUGUACAUGCAGGAUCUCCCUUUCCCAGUAAGGCCGUACGAGAAACACAAACCUGUCAAGAGUACCAGUGUUGUCAAUGAACGGUACAUUCUUCACAAGUUGAAAUACACCGGCCCACUUUACCGCCAAGACAUUCGAAUGGGUGUAGGGAAGCGCAAGCUUCCUGACUCCGACGAGACUGUCAGAUACGGUGACCGGGUCGACGGAAACCACUGCUGGCAGGUUCUGAAUGAUGUCAGGACACAAGUCUUGAGGUUUAGAGGAAGCUACGAUUUCUCGGUUUGGGUUGGCCCAGAAAACUUUUACUUCAAAGGAAGCAACUCUAAUAUGCGUGACAUGGGAAUUCCAAGCCGAGAAUUCGACCCUGGCUAUCCGUUUGAGACUAUUCGUUUCCCCUUUUGA